CCCUCUGCGGCAACGAUGCUUUUCCAUGGCCUCCCCGGAGGCGACAUACACGGCGUGGUGGAAGAAAUGGACCGGAGAGGGAAAGGCGAGUCGGCGGCUAUCAGCUCGGCCAUUGAUAUGGGGGAGUCGGAGACGAGCAUGCCGUGCAUGAACAGCGAGCGCGUGGCCCUGUGCGCAGGCUGCGGCCGGAAGAUCGCGGACCGCUAUUACCUGCUGGCGGUGGACAAGCAGUGGCACAUGCGCUGCCUCAAGUGCUGCGAGUGCAAACUCAACCUGGAGUCCGAGCUCACCUGCUUCAGCAAGGACGGCAGCAUCUACUGCAAGGAAGACUACUACAGAAGAUUUUCGGUCCAGAGAUGCGCCCGGUGCCACCUCGGGAUCUCGGCGUCGGAGAUGGUCAUGCGGGCCAGGGAUUUGGUGUACCACUUGAACUGUUUCACUUGUACCACUUGCAACAAGAUGCUCACUACUGGGGACCACUUUGGCAUGAAGGACAGUCUGGUUUACUGUCGGCUGCACUUUGAGACUCUAAUACAAGGAGAAUAUCAGACACACUUUAACCACGCGGACGUAGUCCCUCACAAAGGACUGGGCUCGGCCAACACACUCGGACUAUCUUACUUCAACGGCGUGGGGACGGUGCAGAAAGGGCGCCCGAGGAAAAGGAAAAGUCCUGGUCCAGGAGCAGAAUUAGCUGCUUAUAAUGCAGGUAAGAAUGCACCUCUCAGCUGUAACGAGAACGACGGAGACUCCAUGGACAGGGACUCGCAGUACAGCUCCAGCCAGAAGACCAAGCGGAUGCGGACGUCCUUCAAGCACCACCAGCUCAGGACCAUGAAGUCGUACUUCGCCAUCAACCACAACCCGGACGCCAAGGACCUCAAGCAGCUGGCCCAGAAGACUGGCCUCACGAAGCGCGUGUUACAGGUGUGGUUCCAGAACGCCCGGGCCAAGUUCCGGCGGAACCUGCUGCGGCAGGAGAACACGGGCGUGGACAAGGCCUCGGACGGCUCCACGCUGCAGGGAGGCACGCCGUCGGGCCCUGCCUCGGAGAUCUCCAACGCCUCCAUGAGCCCCUCCAGCACGCCCACCACCCUCACUGACUUGACCAACCCCACCAUGCCCACCGUCACCUCCGUCCUCACCGCGGUGCCGGGGGGCAUGGACGUCCACGAUUGCCGGAGCCCCUCACAGACCACCCUCACCAGCCUCUUCUGA